UUUUAUUGUUACUGAGAAUUAUUAGCAGCGAUAAGAAUGUAUAUGAGCUGAAGUAAAUGCACAGAAAACAUUAUCAUCAUGUAAGAAUGAAAGAGAAUGUUUUCAUAGAUGUGGUGGGAAGAAGGGGCAACCAACAUAAAUGGAAUUGCUGCAACUUGAUGGGAGUACAUGUCAAUAUACACUGCCAUUGGGAACAUCUCAAUCGUCAGUUCUGUUACCUGAAUUGAGUGAUUUUGGUCUUCUAUCAGAAGAGACCAAACAUGGUGGUUCAACAAAUUGCUGUUUUAUCCUUGUUAAUAAUUCAAGUAAUUUCUGCACCAACAGGGUGUAUAGAAUCUUGUGAUACUUAUUUCAAACAAUAUGAAACAUCUGGUCAUUUUAAUGAUCAUGGAUUACAAACUGCAAGUCAAUUACAAGGGCCUGAGUUUUCAAAACCAGGCACAUGGACUGAACAUAACGAUUACAAUGUAGACAAUGGACAUGGAAAAGUACAUGAAGAACGAGGUCAGUAUGUUGCUGGUCCUAAAACUGUGAGAUAUUAUAAGAAGAAUUACUCGUCCUCAUAUAGUACAAAAUAUGGUGGAGGAUUGUCAGAUGUUGAACAACAAAACAGUAAUUAUAGACAAGGUAUUCCAGUAUUUAAUAUCAUGCAGUCUAAUUCUGGAAGAAUAUAUGAUCAAGUAGCUCAUUCAGAGUUAAGUGCACAGCAAGAAAGAUAUAAUACAAUGCACAGCCAACAACGUUUGCAAUCAACAAUCAGAUCUGGUGUUCAAAGUGAAAGACUAGAAGAUUUUGGAGAACACAUUGGAGAUUCACAAGUAUUGCAACACGGUCUAUCUAAUUCAAAUACUCAACAUUCACAAGUACCAUACUAUCCUGAUACUCAACCUGGAAACUGGAGUAAGGUAGAUUCAUAUAAAACUGAUGGAGGACAUGGACGUGUUUAUACAGUAGAAGGCCAAUAUGUGACAGGACCAAAAAGAGUUCGUUAUUAUACAAAAAAUUAUACUUCCAGUUAUAGUUCACAUGGCGGAAUACCCGACACAGUUGGAGUUGGAGUAGAAGAUAUACAAAAGGAAAUAGACAAACUUCACAGGGAAAUUGGUGUACAAACUGUAGGAUCCAGUGACACUGCAAAUAUUAAUAGAUAUGAUCAAUCUAUUCUUCAGAAUGUAAACAGUAACCGGUAUGGAAAUAGGAACAACUAUGAAAGUAGUUCAUCUCUAAUACAUAAUGAACAACAAUUACGUCAACCUGCAAGUGAACGUGUUAUUAUUAGAAAUCCUUCUCAAAGUUCUUAUGAAACAAAUAGUCAUAGCACUUAUGAAAAACACGAAGGUCAUGCAGCAGUAAUUCAACCAGUUAGGCAACUCAUUAUUCUACACCAGGAUAUACUCCUGUACUUAACACUGGAAGUAGUACUCAUUCCAGAAAUGUAUUUAAUACAGCAACCUCACAACAACAAACUGAUAAUAUGCAAGGCAGAAUAUUUAAAUACUCAUCAAUCAGGACUUGAUCAAAGUAGAAUGUUUUCUGAUCAUUUGGGACAGAGUGGAUAUAAUCAAAAUAGUGCAAUUCAGUCUGGUACAGGACAAUCCGCACAUCAUAAAGAACAUUGGAGUCAUACUAGUCAUACCAAAGAAACAUCAGUUCCUCAGUACAGCACAGGUAUUUCACAUUCAUCAGGUCAUAAUAUGCAACACAGCAGUAACCAAUAUGACAGCCUACAUGGUACACAUCAAACUCUACAACAAGAUAACUAUUUUAAUAAAGAAACCAAAUUUAAUUCUGGUCACCAAACACACUUAGGAAAGCUGGUAUCUGGAGUACUUGAUUUAGGUACUGCAGGCGAUACUGUUGAUUGUGCUUAUGGCUCACAAUAUGACCAUCACAGCUCCCAAUAUCAAAUGAAAUAUAAACGCGGUAUAAAGGAUGAUCAAGAAGAAGAUGAUACAUUUCAACAGCAUACACAGCAAUCUUACCAACCUUGGAAACCAGGCAGUACCAACGAGCAUUUAGAGGAUUUGACACAACAAACAAAUCAAGAAGAAGAUCUUACUCAACAAACGUCUGGAAAGCUUGAAUUUGGUCAGACAACACAGCAGUCAUAUCAACCUUGGAGACAACAUAGUGCAAAUCAGCAAUAUGAGGAUUACACUCAACAAGUAAGUGCACAUGAUGAUCUUACUCAACAAACGUCUGGAAAGCUGGAGUUUGGUCAGGACUCACAGCAGACUUAUCAGCCAUGGAAACUAGAUAGUGCAAGUCAGCAUUCAGUGGACUUGACACAACAAACCAGUAAAUAUGAUGAUUUCACCCAACAAACAUCAGGCAAACUCGAAGUUGAUCAGGAAUCACAACAAUCUUAUCAACCACAAUGGCCAGGUAGGAACAAAAAUUCAGAGGAUUAUACUCAACAAGUAGGUGCACAUGAUGACUUUACUCAACAGACAUCAGGAAAGCUUGAACUUGAACAACAAUCUCAUCAGAUUUGGAAACCAGAUAGUGCAAACAAACAAGAAGAUCAUGAUGAUUUAACUCAGCAAACAUCAGGGAAACUAGAAUUUGGACAACAAUCUCAUCAACCUUGGAAACCAAGUAGUGCAAACCAGGAAGUAGACGAUCUUACUCAACAAACAACAGGAAAGCUUGAAUUUGGACAGCAUUCGUCCCGGCCUUGGAGAUUAACUAAUGCAGAUCAAGUAGAUGAUCUUACACAACAAACAAGUGAUCAUGAUGAUCUUACACAACAAACAUCAGGAAAGCUUGAAUUUGGACAGCACUCUUAUCAGCCAUGGAAACCAAGUAGUGCAAACCAAGAAGUAGACGAUCUUGCUCAACAAACAACAGGAAAGCUUGAAUUUGGACAGCAUUCGUCCCGGCCUUGGAGAUUAACUAAUGCAGAUCAAGUAGAUGAUCUUACACAACAAACAAGUGAUCAUGAUGAUCUUACACAACAAACAAGUGAUCAUGACGAUCUUACACAACAAACAAGUGAUCAUGAUGAUCUUACACAACAAACAUCAGGAAAGCUUGAAUUUGGACAGCACUCUUAUCAGCCAUGGAAACCAAGUAGUGCAAACCAAGAAGUAGACGAUCUUUCUCAACAAACAACAGGAAAGCUUGAAUUUGGACAGCAUUCGUCCCGGCCUUGGAGAUUAACUAAUGCAGAUCAAGUAGAUGAUCUUACACAACAAACAAGUGAUCAUGAUGAUCUUACACAACAAACAUCAGAAAAGCUUGAAUUUGGACAGCAUUCUUAUCAGCCAUGGAAACCAAGUAGUGCAAAUCAAGAAGUAGGUGAUUUGACUCAACAAACACAUGACCAUGAUGAUCUUACCCAACAAACGUCAGGGAAGCUUGAAUUUGGACAGCACUCGUCCCAGCUUUGGAAACUAACUAAUGUAGACCAAGUAGAUGAUUUGACACAACAAACAGGUAGCCAUGAUGACUUUACUCAACAAACAUCAGGAAAGCUUCAAUUUGGACAGCACUCUUAUCAGCCAUGGAAACCAAGUAGUGCAAAUCAAGAAGUAGAUGAUUUGACUCAACAAACACGUGGCCAUGAUGAUCUUACCCAACAAACGUCAGGGAAGCUUGAAUUUGGGCAGGAAUCACAGCAUUCUUACCAUGUUUGGCAACCAGAUAAUGCAGGUCAGUACUCUGAAGAUUUAACACAGCAAACGGGCAUGUCUGAUGAUUUCACUCAGCAAUCAGGGAAGCUUGAAUUUGGACAGCAGUCACAGGUUGAUGUGCACCAAAUUGAUCAAGGAUCUACUUCACAUAUUCCUAAGCCUGCAGGAAAGCCAAAACCCAGGUCCAGAUAUUCAAGAGUUGGUUCAGUAGGUAAUGUACAGAUUCAGAAUCAAAAUGUGUACAAUACUAACAGCCAGGAACCUAUAGACCAUAAAAAACAAGAUACAGAUGUUCCCAACAUUUAUGAAAUACCAGCUUAUGUUGAUGCAGAAAGUGAUGGAAGUAAUGUUAGGAAUCUAGAGAUGAGAGGAGAUCAAGCUGUGCAAAAUUCCAACAAAAAUAAUUCUGGAAACUUAAAUCAACAAAGUGCAAUUAAUGCAUACAAUAUAGAAGGGGAAAAUGUGGAUCAAGUGAACUGGUUACAUAAGUCUAAUGAUGCAACGGUAGGUUUACAAUGGCAUUAUACAUAUCAUCCUAGUGAUCAAAGACAAUUUGUACAACAAACAGAUCGAAAGGAUAAGGAAAACUUACAGCAGCAAAUGAGUCAAAUAAAAUUUUCUGACUUACAGCAAACCAGGGAGCAGGAAGAAAGUCAAGACGUACGGUUAAUGGACAAUGUAUAUCAACAAUCAUCUAAUCAAUAUAAUGAAGCAUCCCACCCAUAUGUACAAUCUCAAACUUAUGCAUCUGGACAAACAACUAAAUUUGAUGAAGAUAGUCAGCAGACAAGUGAUAUUAUGAAUGAACAAAAGCAUAUUCGAAGCAGCAUAGGUGAACAUCAAUUAGAACCAAGAAUACUGGAAGCUUAUGGAGGUGGCCCAUAUGAUGGAUCUCAUAAUGGUGAUAUAUAUCAUGGAGUAACAUUAAGUCCUAGUGCUACAUUGCCACCUAUUAUUGGUGCUGAUCCAUGGGAUAUUAGAGAAAAACCAAGUGAAACAACACCUCCACCAAUGCCUGUAGAACCAUUAAUAACAGAUUAUCCAACCGAAGAAUCAACACCUCCACCAUCCUUCUGGUCAAAACUAGGUUAUAAGAUAACAAAUACUUUCGGUAAAGCCAAAGAAAAAGCUAGAAAUAUUUUUGGAUAA